GUUUUCGCCGCUCGGGUUUCACCAAUCAUUCCUGUUCUCAGACAAAGCGAUUCCCCACAGAGCGAGAGGAGAAGGCGAGAGAUUGAUCGUUGAUUUAGGAAGGUGAAGAGUGAUUAAUCUCUGCCUGUGAUUGCUACGAUGUCGUACUCCAGAAGGUCAGGGUAUUCCUACUCUCCAUCCCCGAAGCGAUACAGUGGUUCCCUUUCGAGGUCUGUUUCAAGGUCGAGAUACAGGUCAAGAAGUCCGUCUGUGGAGAACCCGGGGAACAAUUUGUAUGUGACUGGAUUGUCGCCUCGGGUUACAAAGAGAGAGCUAGAGAAGCACUUUGCAGCUGAGGGAAAGGUCACUGAUGUCCAUCUCGUGGUUGAUCCAUGGACAAGAGAAUCUCGGGGAUUUGGGUUUGUUACAAUGGAAAAUGUUGAUGAGGCUGAGCGCUGUAUCAAGUACUUAGAUGGAUCUGUACUUGAAGGCCGUGUCAUUACAGUGGAGAAGGCUAGAAGGCGGAGAGGGAGAACUCCCACACCAGGAAGGUAUCUUGGGCUGCGAACAGUUCAUGUUCGUCAACGAACCCCUAGCUACUCACCUCCUCGUAGGUCUCCUACCUACUCUCCUUAUCGGAGGAGCUAUAGCCGGUCACCUCAUUCAUCUGACCAAAGCAGGAGCAGGUCAUCCUCUCCACCCUACCGUAGGAGGAGGUCAUACUCUCCUGAAUACAGUCGGCGUAGAUCUUACUCUCGGUCUCGCUCCCCCUACAGCAGGUCACCAGUGAGAAGGCAUGAUCGGGACUACUCUCCGUAUGACUCCAGGGAGUAUUCACCAGAUGACUCUUACUAUGGAAGGAGACACCGCUACAGGGCCUAUUCACCAGAUGACUCCUACUAUGGGAGGAGACGCCGCUACAGGGACUAUUCACCAGAUGACUCUUACUAUGGUAGGAGGCGUCGCUAUCGUUCUGUCUCUCCUAGUGUGUCACCUAGGAGGAGGAGGAGGAGCUACACCCCCAGUGUCUCUCCCAGGCAUAGGAGGAGGAGUUACAGGAGCUACUCACCUAGUGUUUCACCCGGACCUAGGGGGAGGAGUUACUCCCCCAGUCCUUUGCCCAGGCCUAGGAGGACCUCCAGGAGGAGUUAUUCCCCUAGUGUAUCACCUGAACCGGUGAAGAAGCGGUCAACAAGGAGUUACUCUCGAAGCGUAUCUCCCAGACGCAGGAGCUCAAAGUCUCACAGGGGUUCUUCCAGGGGGAGCUACUCAAGCAGCCGGAGUCCGAGUGUGAAUGCAAGUUCCAGAUUUAUGUCAAGAUCCGCAACCCCUAGGUCUACUUCACCUUCAUCGUGAAGGAUGUUAACUUGCAUGUGUCUAGCUUUGUGUAGGGAUGGUGAUUUCGUGAUGUCGGUACCAAUGGGUGGGGGGUUUGGGGAAUGUCUAUCAUGCAUUUUGGGAUGGGUACUAUAAGCUGAUGAUCAACUAUUGUAUAUUGAGGAGUUGAUCAGUCUGUCAUUUUAGUGAAACGUUUCAUGACUAUCUAGUACUAUUCAGUGUCUGAUGUUUGGUUUGA